GCACAUUCCCAAUCCGGCUAAGCGCUUACCGGUUAGGACCUAACCCGUUACUACAUGUCGGGAUUUGGAAGCAAAGUCCGAAAUGUAGUACAAGUUGGGAGGUUACAAAUAAUGUAUAUAAAGACGUCGACAUCAUCUCCAUCUAGAGUCGUUCAUUUUCACAUUUACUACCAUUCUCACUGACCUCAUCGAUUGAUUCAACAUGACGAACGUCGCAAAAGAGAUCGUCUUGGUCACUGGCGCAAACAGCGGUAUCGGCUUCGAGAUCGCCCAUCAAUUCCUUGCCAGAGGAACCUACCACGUCCUCCUCGGCUCUCGCUCCCUCCAGAAAGGCACCACCGCACUCCAAGACCUACAGUCACGUAAGCUUCCCGGAAGCAUUGAGCUGCUCACGCUCGACAUCCAAAGCGACGACCACAUUGCGCAAGCCACCACUUCCAUCACGCAGAACCACGGCAAACUCGACAUCCUGAUCAACAACGCCGGCAUCGCCAUCCCCUCUGGCACUGAGCGCGAGCAGAUGCAAAUUGCGUUUGACACGAAUGCAACAGGGCCGUAUCUUCUAACCCAAGCCCUCAUUCCGCUCCUUCGCAAGUCGUCAAACCCUCGCGUUAUCAAUAUCUCUUCUGGCGCGGGAUCGAUUGGUCGACGUCUGUUCCCCGAAUCGCCCAUGUACAAGAUUCAAGCUGUGCAAUACCGGGCGAGCAAGACGGCGCUGAACAUGAUUACUACGUGCCAGUAUGUUGAGUAUGGAUUGGACUUCCAAGCGCCGGAAGAGGCCAAGGGAAAGCGCAUCAAGGUGUGGGCAUACGAUCCUGGAUUUACCGUGAGUAACCUUGGAUCGCAUAACAAGAAGGAGUUUGGCGCCAGGAGCGCAGAGGAGACGGUGGUGAGUAUCAUGGACGUAGUGGAUGGGAAGAGGGAUGAUGAGCAGGGACAAUUUAUACAUAACACAGGCGGGUAUCCUUGGUAGGUGGGGACAACGUUAUUUGCUGAAGAUUCUUAUAAAUUGACAAUUAUUGCGAAAAUCUAUAUCAUCAACCAUAUAGCAACAUGGAAC